CAAAACAAUUAUAUCAUAUUCUACUUUCUCUCUCUAACCUUCAUCACUUUCUCUUCCAUGGAUCCAUCGAUCACAGAUCCAGGUAUCAUCGUUUGGAGUCAGCCGGAGCCGCCGGCGACUUACAUGGAACCGAUCGGAAACCUAGUUCUUCCUCCUUCCUACGCCGGCACUACCGAUCAUACUCCCUAUCCCGAGAUGAUAACAGCUGCAAUUGCUGCUUUAGGAGAACCAGAAGGAUCUAGUCGUCAAGCGAUAGCGAAGUAUAUAGAGCAAACCUACGCUAACCUACCGGAUAAUAACGCGGUUUUGCUUACUCGUUACUUGAAGCAGAUGAAGCAAACUGGACAGCUUGAAAUGGUUAAACAUUCUUACUUAUUGCCUGGAUCUGUUCCAGUUUUUGAACAACCUAUAACCGGAGAUGAGUCUGCAGUUGUUUCUGAUUCUGGAAUGAAAAGACGACCUGGCCGUCCUCCUAAGGUUAAGAACGGAGAUCAGGUUAUUGGAGAUCAGGUUAAUGGAGAUCAGGUUCAGGAAUCGGUAUUUGUUUCGUUAGGGCUUGAGGAUAAGGAUGAGUCUACUCAUCAGACUACUCCAACUAUGUUAGGUAAACGUGGCCGUGGUAGGCCACCGAAGAGUCAAUCAUCAUCGGUGAUUGAUGAGAAUGGGAGUAGAAGAGGACGAGGUCGACCGAGAAAGAUUGAGUCGAUUGGAUUGGGAUCGAGAUCGAGAGGAUCGAAGCCGAGGAAGGUGGCGAAACAGUCGGCUGGAAGGCCGAGAGGAAGGCCGAGAAAGUAUGCGAUUUUACCUGCUGCUAUGGAUGAUGGAGGAGCUUCGGAGGUGGUGGUUGGUGGCGGCGGUGGUGGUGGAGGAAUAACUCCGGCGAAGAGACGUGGACGAUUGCCAUUGGGUGGAAUGUUGAAGAAGAGGAGGAGUUUAAGUGGGAAACCAUUGGGCCGGCCCAGGAAGAAUGUUGGAAAUCUGCAAACUCACCAGGCACAUGGUGAUCUCUUAAAGAAGCUGGAAAACAUUCAAUUGAAGGUGAAAGAAGUAAUCGAUGUAGUGAAGCCGCACCUGAAUCCAAUAACUGCUUCAAUCGCCAUUGAUGCCCUGCAAGAGCUAGAACAACUCGCUCAAGUACAACAACAAAAGGCAGUUCCAACUGCCACCACCACCGCCUCUGCACAGCCAUCUCCGGUUUUGACCACCAGCAGCAGCCAGGAACAAAUUCAUUUUCCGAAUCCAAUCUCUCAUUUCCCAAUCUCAACUGCCCCCUUUUCUACUAAUAAUACUGCAGCAUCUCCAUCUCCCUUCCCGGUUUAUCCAUCACAGUUUCAGGCUUCAUAUCCUCCUCAAGGACCAAUAAUCUGAAACCGAGAAACCAACCAACCAUCCAUCCAACCGAACCGCCAUGCGAGGAGGAGGAGGAGGAGAAAUGGAGGGUUCUUCUUCCAUUGUUGUUUCAGGUAUUUGUAUGUAAGUGUUUUUUAGCAAUUUCCAGCAUGAAUAAAAAAACAACAUUAGGUAGUAAUAGUAGUAGAUCAUUACUAGCUUGUGGAGGGGGAGUCUUAACUCUGUUUUAAGAAUAAUAUGUUUGUCUUUUAUGAGUAUGUAUGUGGUCAUUUUGUUGCUUUUAGGACCCAUAAUUAGUAGCCUUAUGUUUGUUUGUUGUUAUAUUCAUCUAAUGUCACUUAAUUCCCUAGUUAAAUCAUUAGUUUUCUCACUA